AUGGCUUCUAGUGUGCGCGGGUCGGAUUACAAUGAGUGGGCUUCGUCAAAAUUAAUUCAUGUUGGCGAUGAAUUCAUAUUUAAUUACAAACAUGAAGACGAUUUUGUGACGUUAGUAACUGAAGAAGUAGACUAUGACCAUUGCACUUCACCAUCACUUGCCCUAUCUGAUUACGGUGGCUUGACCACCUUAACUUUUAAUAAACCAGGCACCUACUAUGUUAUUUGCGGUGAACCGGGUCACUGUGAAGCCGGGCAAAAGAUUAAAAUCAAGGUCAAUGCUGCUGAACUAGAAAACCCAAUCUCAAGUCCAAGGCCCUCUCCUCAUCCUUCAUCACCAUCCGGUUCUCCUUUUGAAGCCAUGCCACCAAGCUCAACCCAGAGGAUGGCUCCAAUUCUUGAUCUUUUGAUGAUUGGGUCGGCUGUUACCGGUCUUGUUGUUUUAGGGUUUGUGGUUUCAUAUUUCUUCUACCGUCGUCGUUUACAUGGAUCUCAAAUGCAGAAGGACAAAAUUCCUCAGGUCGUUUGA